UUUCCCCCCCCCCCCCCCCCCCCCCGCCCCGGCCCCGAGACGCUCCUUGGGGCCGGCGGGCCGCCUCUUUCCCCCGGCCCUCUUCCGAGGGGCCCCGCGCCCCGCGUCGCGGGGUGCAGCUCCUCGGCCGCGUCCCCCCCCUCCCUGCGCCUCUCCUCGGCCGCUCCGGCCUGGGGGUCCGGCUGCGGGUCGGGAGAAGGCCGGGCAGCCAGGCAAGGGCCCGCCGGAGGAUCUCGCCUCUUGUCGAGCUGGGAGCCGGGGCCUGGGGAGCGGGGAGGGGGGGGGCCCAGCGUGCAGCUCCCACGCACGCACCCACCCCUCUGUUUUUAUCUGCAAACAGGUUCUGGCGUCCUGCCUGAGGGGUUUCAGUCCUGCUGCAAGUCUAGGUUAGCCUCCGGAAUAGCUUGCAAGGGGCUGACCGGUGAACGCAGGUUGCAAACAGCGUUGCUAACGUCGGUGUCGUGGGUGGCAGUGUGCCUAUCGGUGUCUUGGCUGUGUCAUGUCUGUCAGUAGUCUGCUGACCUGCCAGGCUCUGGAGUAGCCUAGCAUAACCCAUUAGUCAUUUUUAAAACUUCUGCUAGUCACUUGCUAACAAACCAUUUCUAAACGGAAACUCUUGUCAGGGCUGAUGGCAUGUGUCAGGAAGGGCUUUGGUGAUGGGCCAGGGGCCAUCUUAAAGCCCCCUCAGCAAGGGUUUGGAAAAGGAAGAGCAAGGGUUUUGAACAGCUCACCUGCUCAGGGGAGAGUUCCCCAAAGCCAUUGGCCCCAGGGAGCUGUGCUGCAUUCCUGUUUGUCUCUUGUGACAUUUGCAUUUUGUUCUUUGCUUUAGAACCAUUGGGUUGCAGAGAUGCUUCUUAAAUGUCCCAUGGCUCAUCAAGUUAGUUUAGCUGUGCUCGAUUUGAGGUGUUUCUGUGCAGGGGAAGUGAAAUUGGGGAGCCUUUAGUGAGUUUCUGCACUUCCCACAGAAACUAACUUGAAGCAGAAGUUUCUGAUUUUGGCUUUGUGGUAAGCACUGGUUAAAAGAGCAGAAACAAUGUUGAAGAGGGCCCCCUGCGAUUAAUGCAAAAAGUGAUUUUGGGCCUGGAAGGAGUAGGAGUGCUGAUCAGAGCAGUGUCAAAUGCUCCUGUUUUGAUCGGUUGGAGGUGGUGUCAUCACUAAGCAGCACUAUGUGUCCACACCCUUCCCAGGAAUGUUGGUAGCAGGUGUAAGCAAGCCAGUCUUUUUUCAUACCAGGCUCUUGCCAGCUGGCUCACUCUUCUGGUUAGCAGAUUCAGGUACAUGUUCAAUCCUCAGAUCAGAUUCCAGAGUGUGUGGGUAGGCAGGCCAAGCAGAUCAAUCCAGGGGACGUCAAUAGCUUUGAGGGGAGAUACAGGUUACACAGCCUGUGCACUCAUGCCAGAGCUGCUUCAAUUUAUUCUUUUCUUAUUUUGGGUUUAGCAUCCAUAAGGUACUGGCUCUGCCCUGGUCAGAAAUGGGCUGUGUUCCAUUUUACUUAGGGCAAGGGAGACUCUGUCCUCGGUGCCUUGUUCUUGCCUGUUUUACUCCACCCAUCAAUACUGUACUUUCAGUUUCCUAGAGCUCUGCUGUUGUUCUUCCAGCCUGGGUCAACAUUGCAAAUUGAAAGGCAGUGCACCGAGUGGAGCUCUGGCAACCUUGCUGACUGAUGUUUGUUUUUUAGUGACUGUUAUGCUGGAGGAAGGUGUUCCUUGGACAGUCCUGGAGACAGAAGCACUGUGUUUCUAGAGCAGCAAACUGGCCUGUGAAAAGCAUUGCCAGAAAAGAGCAGCAGAGAAGCUGGGUCUCUGUGCCUGGGAAACCCCUUCUGAGCUGUAGAGAUCAUGCACAGAGAACAAGCACAGCUCCACUUGUAAGAUUGCCUUGGUACUGCGCCCCUCCGUCCUGCUGCAAUGAGUGGGAAGUCCUUGCUCUUAAAGGUCAUUCUCCUUGGGGAUGGUGGAGUUGGGAAAAGUUCCCUCAUGAACCGGUAUGUCACCAACAAGUUUGACUCACAGGCUUUCCACACAAUUGGUGUGGAGUUCUUAAACCGGGACCUGGAGGUGGAUGGACGUUUUGUGACCCUCCAGAUUUGGGACACUGCGGGACAGGAGAGAUUCAAGAGCCUGCGAACCCCCUUUUACAGGGGAGCAGACUGCUGCCUGCUGACCUUCAGUGUGGAUGACCGGCAGAGCUUUGAGAACCUCAGUAGCUGGCAGAAGGAGUUUGUCUAUUAUGCUGACGUGAAGGACCCUGAACACUUUCCAUUUGUAGUCCUGGGCAACAAGAUAGACAAACUUGAGAGGCAAGUGAGCACAGAGGAGGCCCAGGCCUGGUGCAUGGAAAAUGGUAACUAUCCAUACCUGGAGACUAGUGCCAAGGAUGACACGAAUGUGGCAGUGGCCUUUGAGGAGGCUGUGCGACAGGUGCUGGCAGUGGAGGAGCAGCUAGAGCACUGCAUGCUGGGCCACACCAUUGACCUGCACUCCAGCUCCAAAUCGGGGUCUUCCUGUUGUUAAGAGUGGCUGCUGCUUCGGGAAUGUCGCUCGAGCCAGCGGCUGGAUUGGAAUAAGCGUGGGCAGCUCUGCGGCACUCUGAGGAGAGUGGCCACAAGGACAAUAGGUGGUUUGCUCACUGGGGAGUUGCAGCCUCACCAUCUGAAUUCUGGCUGGAGUUUUCGGGCACAGAGCAUGCAUCUGCACGAGGGAGCUGUUAAAAGAGCAUGUGAGAGUAGUCCUGCUUCCACCUCUGCCUAUUUUAGCAGGUUUCAAGGACUGGGUUAAAGUCCUUUAAAUUCACUAAAGACAGUAGUGAUCUGAUCUGUACCAAGAACUGCCUGUGGAACAAAGCUGAGAGCGCUCUAGACACUCCGUGAAGUAUUUUAGUCCUGAACUAAAAAAAAAACUAGACCCACUAAACUCAUGACCUUACUGCCAAAGGAAAGUCUGCUCAGCAUACUGAACAAAACCUGUUGUAGAAACUAGCCCAUGCACUGUGAGAAUGCCAAAUACUAGAGUGGCUGAGGUGUGUGUAUCUGUUGUUUGGGAGAAGUGCACUGUGUCCUGAGACUGAAUUGUGCUGAGAAUUGUUAAAGCUCUGAUCUGAAGCAACAUAUGAAGGAGAGAUGGACCUGUGUUUGAAUGUGGCAGCAUCACUUCUUUGUAGCUGCCUAUUUCUUGACUGUUUUUCCUCACAUCUAACUUUGUCUUGUGUGAGUGUCGUUUUGUGGAGAGACUGUCUGCUUCUUGUUUAAUAUAUGUUUCCUUGUCUCUUCUGGAGGGUCAGCACUGGAUCUUGCUUAUCAUACCUUGAAGCCCUCGAUGAAAAAUACCUAUGUGGACACUCAGCGGGUCACGUCAAAGGGUUUAGAGUUACCAGGAGUUCAGGAGAUCUGGAGCAUGAAACUUCAGCUGGUUUCUGUCACAAGUAAUCACCCUGUCCAGGUGAUAUGCUCUAGCAGACCGAUGGUAGGUGGGUGGGAUGUCUCCUAGGUGUGCAGGUGACUGGGGGAGUCAUGUGUGGUCAGCUGUUAAAUCCCCUCACUCAGUGUGUGGGGCUGGUGACCACUGUGCUUCGUUAGCUGGUGGUUCAGUAUCUUCAGUUGCUUUAGCACGGAUGUUCUCAUCUGGAUGCUGCAACAUAUAACCAUUCACUUCAUUACCUGUUGUGUCAGGUGCAGUGCAGCUGAACACAGUUAACUCAUGCCAUUGUCCUGACACUUACUCCCUAAUGGGGAAUCCAGUAUGUUUUAUCUGUGAUUCAUAUGACAGAUUUUACUGGUAGAGGAUGUCCACUUAGUUAAUUGGCCUUUGUUUAUGGCUGCAGUGUUCAGUCCACUGGGGAGAGAGCUGCAGUGGUUCCCCCUCUGUUUCAACAUGGCUGAAAAGUGGUAGUGGGGGGCAGGGAACCUUCUAGAAAAGGACGCCAGGCCUUGUUGAUCUCGGCUUCUGCCCCCUGCUAGGUUUUAGUCCCAAGCUGUCUGUGUAGCAAAGAGGUGAGUGCUUGCUGACUGCAGUCUUUGCCAUUAUAACCUCAUGUCCUGCAACUUCCUGUGCAAACGUUUGUCCAAAACUCCGUCUUUGCCCAUAAGCACAUAGGAGCCUGCCACAGGGAGAGCUUCCCUGAGUACAUAUCCACUAGCUGCUGAAUGCAGUUCCCACUGUGAUGAGCUACUAGAUGGUAAUUUGUGUAGCUCAAAUCGAGCAGCCUCACUUAGGCAGUGCAUUAGAGCAGGGCACUCUCUGCCCUCCUGCUGGCUGGUGGCAACUAAUCCCUGUUGCCGAGCAGUCUCUGAGCAUGCAAGGAGUCUCCUCUGGGGGAACUCAGGGUGAUCCUGCCCUUCUCUGUGGGGCAGCCACAUGUCAAAGGGACUGGAGCUUUAAUGCAAAGUGCUUUAGAGGGAUCUGAUUUCUAAACAGGGCUGAACACUUGUAUUCACAGAGAUAGAUAGGGAGUGCUUGCAGCCUCUGGACAACCAGGUCCCUUGAGGUAUAAGAGAAGGCUCUGCCUCCAUAGGUGCAACAUAUUUUUACAGGAUAUUAAAGUUACUGUUACUGUUUAUUUACCAACGUCUGACCUCCCCAGGCCUCUAGAUUUUUCUUCAGUUUAACACUGCUUGAUAUUUCCUUCAAGAUCCAAGACACUGUGACCUGUGGUUCUGAUUUACAUCUUUGAACAGACACGUCCUCUGGGAGCUGGUUAGCGCAGGGGUCCUGGGGUCGGAACAGGCUCAGGCCCUAGUGCGCUGCCCAGCCCUGCCAGAGGAACUGCUGAGGGAGCUCUCUGAAGGUGAAACUGCUGCUGCCCCAGCAUGGAUCUCAUGGGAUCUGUGUGAGGACUGGCACUUCCUGUGGGAGAGGGCAGAGGCUGAACAAGCCGAGGUGUAGGAGGCACAGGUGCAGCAUGUUGUUUGCUGUACCCUGGGCAUGUAUUGAUGCUGAUAGCUGAAGCUCAAGAGCCGCAUUGGGCACAGGCUGUGCAGACAGUAUGUAUUGCUGGAGAGUGUUACGCAGCAUCUUUUAUUCCUAACAGAUGUUGGAUCAUUGACUUUUAAAAAAAAAAAAACAAACAACCUAUUUUAUUAGGCUUAUGUGUUUUAAAAAUACAUUAAAAAAAAGUAUAUUAUAAUAUAUUUAAAUUGCUUAAUUUAUUUUAAAUGAUACGCACAAUUUCCAAAGGAGCCAAGAUUUUGAACUCUUUGUUGCAAAGUUCAGUGCCAACAGCCAUCCCCUCCCUGUGUCUACUCAUGCUGCUGCGGUUGUUGCUAUUGCUACAAAACUGGAAUUGUAAAACCGAGAUUCUAUCUUUAUUUAAGCAAAUAAAACAUGGAUGUAUUCAAGUGAA